AUGAAUGAGGCUGAAAGCAUCUUUAUCAAGUGGAUGAACCAGGCGUUGGCAAUUGCUGAAGAGGCACUGAAAGCACAGGAAGUUCCAGUCGGCUGUGUAAUUGUUUACCAAGAAAACAUUAUCGGCACAGGGGGCAAUAAAGUCAAUAAAACCAAGAACGCAACCAGGCAUGCCGAAGUUAUUGCCAUAGAAGAAGUUCGAGAGUUUUGUCUAGCAGAAGGGCUUGAUGAGAAAGACGUUUUCGGCUCGUCGACUCUCUUUGUGACCGUAGAACCCUGUUUGAUGUGUGCUGGUGCCCUGCGACAGAUUGGGCUGCCUCUGGUUGUGUACGGCUGUGCUAAUGACAGAUUUGGUGGCUGUGGUUCUAUUCUAAAUGUGGCUAGGGAUAAAGCUAUUUCUUCCAGCAUUGGGCCGUGUUUUGAUGUAGUCAGUGGUGUUUUAGCCGAGCAAGCAGUGACUUUGUUGAAGACAUUCUACAAGGGAGAAAACCCGAAUGCUCCAGAUAGCAAACGAAAAGUGAAAGAUACAGAACCAGGUCGGGUAUUAGCUCUUUUAGCUCCAGGAAGUCCUAGUUAUUGUUAA